AUGGACGACUCCCUAAUGGAAGACUCAGUCUUCGACGAAGGCGCCAGCUCCGAUUUUGCCCCACCCGCAAAGCCAGCGAAGGCCACCAAGGCUGCUGCGAAACCGAAAGCCGCAGCGACGAAGAAAGCAGCUGGACCUGCAAAGCCCCGAGGCCGACCCGCAGGCGCGACAGCCAAACCAAAGGCCGCCGCGAAGCCGAAAGCUGCGCCGAAGAAGAAGGCCAAAGCCGACUCAGACAUGGAUGAGAACUCAGAUGUAGACAUGGACGAGGACCCACUCGAUGACGAUGAGGAACUUCUCAAGGACACACCACCAAAGGCCAAGAAGGCACCAGCCGCGAAGAAGUCCAGUGGCAAGCCUCUUGCAGACAUCGCGAAUGAAAGCUUCGGCGGAGAUGGCGAGGAUGUGCCCAUUUCAGCGCCCAAGAAAGGCGGCGCCAGCAGCAAGUACCAGAUGUUGACGCAUUUGGAGCACAUCAUGAAGCGCCCUGACACAUAUAUCGGUUCCGUUGAGCGACAAACAGAUAAGAUGUGGGUAUACAACUCUGAGAGCGAGUCGAUGGAGUUCCGCGACGUAACCUACGUUCCCGGUCUAUACAAGAUCUUCGACGAGAUUCUCGUAAACGCGGCAGACAACAAGCAAAACGACAAGAACAUGAGUGAGAUCAGAGUCAGCGUUGAUCGGGAGUCUGGCGAGAUCUCCAUCAAGAACGACGGCAAGGGAAUUCCAAUUGAGAUUCACAAAGAACACGGCAUAUAUGUACCAGAGAUGAUCUUUGGUCACCUUCUCACAUCCUCCAACUACGACGACAACCAGCAGAAGGUCACCGGUGGUCGCAACGGUUACGGAGCAAAGCUUUGUAACGUUUUCAGUACCGAAUUUACGGUCGAGACGGUCGAUUCGAAGCAGAAGAAGAAGUACAAGCAAACUUGGACCGACAACAUGAGCAAGAUGGGCAAGGCCAAGAUCAUCGAUAUCAAGGCGGACGACUACACCAAGGUUAGCUGGAAGGCCGACUACGCUCGCUUUGGCAUGACUGGUAUCGAUGACGAUUUCGAGGCCAUGGUCAAGCGCAGGACCUACGAUAUGGCUGGUACGCUUCGAGGCAUCAAGGUUUACUUGAACGGCGAACGGAUCAAGAUCACAUCGUUUGCGAAGUACAUGGAAAUGUAUACCAAGUCCAUCUCGCGCGACCAGGGCAAGAGCGAAGACGACAAGGAGAAGGAUGUCAUCAUUACAGACAAGCUGGACCGCUGGGACAUUGGUUUCGCAGUGUCAGAUGGUUCAUUCAACCAAGUCUCCUUCGUCAACUCGAUUGCGACAACAUCUGGUGGUACCCACGUCAACCACAUCGCCGACCAGAUCAUCGAGAAGCUCAUGGCGAUUGUCAACAAGAAGAACAAGGCUGCUGUCAAGCUAAAGCCCGCGCAGAUUAAGAACCAUCUGUUCCUGUUCGUCAACUGUUCCAUUGUCAACCCGGCCUUCACAUCCCAGACCAAGGAGCAGCUCACGACAAAGGCUAGCCAGUUCGGUAGCAAGCCAGUCCUCAGUGACAAGUUCCUCAAUGCCAUCGCGAAGACCGACGUCAUCCAGAACAUUAUGCACUUUGCUCAGCAAAAGGCCGACCAGAUGAUGAAGAAGACCGACGGCAACAAGCGCAACCGGAUCAGUAACGCUAAGCUCACAGAUGCCAACAAGGCAGGAACAAAGGACGGACAUCUCUGCACACUUAUCCUCACUGAGGGUGAAUCAGCCAGUGUCCUUGCUUUGGCUGGUCGUGCUGUUGUCAACCAGGAUCUGUUUGGUGUGUUCCCGCUUCGUGGUAAACUCCUCAAUGUGCGAGAUGCUACUGUCGAUCAAAUCAUGAAGAAUGCUGAGAUCCAGAACAUCAAGAAGUUUAUGGGACUUCAACACAAGAAGGAGUAUACCGUAGCGGACAUGAAGAGCUUGCGUUACGGCCAUCUCAUGAUCAUGACUGAUCAAGAUCACGACGGUAGCCAUAUCAAGGGUCUACUCAUCAACUUCCUCCAGUGUCAGUUCCCCAGCUUGCUCAAGAUUCCUGGCUUUCUCUUGGAGUUCAUCACUCCUAUCGUCAAAGUUUGGAAGGGCGACCCCAAGAACCCACGCGGCAUGCGAAGCUUCUUCUCCAUGCCUGAAUACGAAGAGUGGAAAGAGCAGCACCAGCACGAGAAAGGAUGGGACCACAAGUACUACAAGGGAUUGGGUACCAGCGACAUUCCUGAUGCUCAAAUUUACUUCAAGGACCUCGACACACACAUGAAGCGUUUCCAGGUCAUGCGUGACGAAGAGGAGAAGCUCAUCGAGCUCGCUUUCUCGAAGAAGAAGGCUGACGCUCGUAAAGAUUGGCUGCGAGACUUUGUGCCUGGUCAGCAUCUUGACCUUACAACCCCGGAUAUCUCUUACGACGACUUCGUAAACAAGGAACUCAUCCUUUUCUCCAUGGCUGACAACGUGCGAUCGAUUCCCUCCGUUGUCGACGGCCUGAAGCCCGGUCAGCGAAAGGUUCUGUACACCUGUUUCAGGCGAAACAUCAAGAAAGAUGUCAAGGUCGUUGAGCUUGCAGGUUCCGUCUCUGGAUCCACUGACUAUGCUCACGGUGAAGCCUCUAUGCAAGGAACUAUUGUCAACCUUGCGCAGAACUUUGUCGGUACCAACAACAUCAACUACCUCGAACCCAGUGGUAACUUCGGUUCGCGUCUCAAGGGUGGUGCCGAUGCUGCCAGCGCCAGGUAUAUCUACACACGCCUUUCGCCAUUCGCACGACGAAUCUUCCACGCCCACGAUGACCAACUGCUGAAGUACGGUGAGUCGGAUGGUCACAAGAUUGAGCCUGAGAUGUUUGUCCCGAUUCUGCCCACGAUUCUCAUCAACGGUUCGAGCGGUAUUGGUACUGGUUGGAGUUCAGAAAUUCCUAACUUCAACCCCAUGGACAUCAUUGAGAACAUCAGACGCCGCAUGGCGCCAGGCGCGACCAAGGAGGACAUGGCUCCUAUGGUUCCCUGGUACAAGGGCUUCACUGGUACAACGACAGUGCUUGGUCCCGAUCGUUAUCAGUUCACUGGAGUUGUCCGACAGACUGGCGACAACGAGGUUGAGAUUACUGAACUGCCAGUUCGCUACUGGACACAAGACUUCAAGGAGAAGCUUGAGGAGAUCAUCAAGGCUGAGAAGGGUCCUUCUUACAUUAAGGAUUACAUCGACUACAACACCCCAGACCGCGUUCACUUCAUCAUCAAGAUGGAAGACAAGUACAUGGCACAGGCUCUCGCCAAGGGUCUGGAAGAAAUGUUCAAACUCUUCAAGCCCCAGUCCACGAGCAAUCUUGUCGCCUUCGACGCACAUGGACGCAUUCACAAGUAUGCAAGCGUUCUUGAUAUCAUCGAGGAGUUCUACCAUGUCCGUCUGCGAUACUACGAGAAGCGAAAGCAGCACCAGCUCCAGGUCAUGGAGAAGGAACACCUGAAGAUGACGAACCAGGCCAGAUUCAUCCAAAUGAUCAUCGAUGGAAAGCUUACUGUCUCAAAGAAGAAGAAGACUGUGCUCGUUCAGGAGCUCAAGAAGCUUGGUUUCACCCCCUUCCCCAAGGUUGAAGAUGCCAAGGCUGCUGGUGAGGUCGAGGAUGUCCAGGAAGAUGAUGAGUCAGAGGAGACUGAGGCGGAGGUGAAUGCCAACGACUACGAUUAUCUGCUAGGUAUGGCCAUUUGGUCUCUUACUCAGGAACGCGUUGAGAAGCUUCUGAAGCAGAUCGGCGAGAAGCAACACGAGAUCGACACCCUCAUCAAAAUGUCACCCAAGGACAUCUGGAACGUUGAUCUCGACGCCUUCAUGGAGGAAUGGAACGUUCAGCUGGAGGAAGAGGUCAAACGUAAGAAGAAGAUCGCUGCCGUCACACGCCGCCCGUCUCAGAAGCUUGGUAUCGGUGCUGGUAAGGGCAAGGGAAAGAAAAAGAGAAAGGCAGAUGGCAGUGACUCAGACGACUCCGGAUCCGACUUCGGCCCGGUUAAGAAGAAGGCAAAGCCGAAGAAGGAGGGCUUGCUUAGCUAUCUACAGCAGGAACCAGUCAAGAAGCCUACUGCGGCAGAAGCUCUUAAGAGUAGCAGCGCCUUCGGCUCAACUGCACCGCAAAAGCAAGGCACGUUGCUCACGCAUCUCGUCAAGAAGAAGGAGGAGACACCACAACCUGAUGGUGGAGAAGAUGGCAGAUCAGCUUCUGUAGAUUCGGCACCAGCGCCGGCACCGGCCAAACGUGGCCGCCCUGCUGCUGCCAAACCUAUCAAGAAGGAUCCAGUCUCAGACGAUGAAGAUUCGGAUGUCUUCGCUGCAGUCGCCCAAGAGGCUGCGAAGGUGCCCUCGAAGACGACCGCGUCUCGUACUGCUCGCAGCGCAAAGAAGGCGGCCCCCAAGUAUACCAUGGGCAGCGACUCCGACGAUGAUGACGAUGAUCUUCUCGGCGAUGUUAGCAGCAUGGUCAAGACCAUCGGAUCCGGUACGAACGGUGUACCAAUGUUCAAGGCCACCACCACUGCCCGUCCCGCACCCGCAGCGAAGAAAAACAGCAGCCCCAUCGAGAUCGACGGCGAUACUACCAACUAUGAAGGUCUGAUGCCUCAGUCUUCGCCACAGCGCCCUCCUCCUCGCAACGUCCACGACACAAUCAUGAGCUCUGAUGAAGAUGAUUUCGACCUUGGAGCAAAGAAACCAGUUGCCAGCAGGCUAACCGCAAAGACCAAGGCCGCUGCCGCGAAACCAGCUCCCAAACCAAAGGCAGUUGCAAAGAAGCCCGCAGCCCAGAGCCCCGCAGCAAAAGCUUAUGCAAAGAAGCACGGUAAAGACGCCGACGCUGCUAAGCCUGCCCCCAAGGCUAAGAAACAAAUCACCAUCGACUCCGACGAUGACGAGGAGAUGGAAGAUGCGGAUGCCAUCGCCAACGACAUUCUAUCUGGCUCUGACGACGAUGAACCGACGCCUAAACCAAAGGUUGCUGCUCGCGCUCCUGCUGCAAGACCGGGACGUAGGGCUGCUGCUAAGCCGGCGAAGUAUGUGGUUAGCGAUGACGAGGCAGAGUCGGAUGAGGCGAGUGAACCUAGCUUCGAUGAUGACGAUGAUAGCGAGUAG